AUGACUGAAAAGCUACAGAACCAUAGAUUUCAAGACACUUUCCUUUGGUCUUCUUCUGAUUUCCUCUGGGAAAAAAUGUGUGGGCUUUUCUUUGUCCUGGUGUUGUGCACAGCAACCACCUCUGCUUUCAGACUCCGGCAAGUCAAAAGCACAGAAAACUGCUCAGAUCACACCGUGUAUUUCAAACACUACUAUGAACUGCAUGGAGAACCUGUGGUUCUGAAAUGCCCUUCCCCCAGAUACAAACAUUUGGAUUUUUCUGCCUUGACAUCUAAUAUCACAUGGUAUAAAAAUGGUUCAGAAACCAUGAUAUCAGGAAGAGAGGAAAAUCCAAGAAUCUGGGCAAAAGGAGAUGCACUCUGGUUUUUACCAACAACUCUAGAAGACUCAGGAGUCUAUAUCUGCACAAGAAGGAACUCCUCCUACUGUGCAGAGGUCUCCAUCCACCUCACAGUCAUGGAGAAAACAGCUGCUCAGGAGAUUGCCUAUUCCCAGUUCCUCUUCACCUUUAAAUCUGGAAAGGUUGUUUGCCCUGAUCUGUGGGAUUUUACACCAAAUAGGACAAGCUUGGAGCUCAAGUGGUACAAGGGUGGCCUGCCUUUGGAAGACAACAAUGAAAAAUUCAUAAUUCUGAAAGGCUCGACUUCUCUGAUCAUGACUUCUGUGUUACCAACAGACGCUGGCUAUUACACCUGCAAGAUGGCAUUUCCAUUUGAAGGUGUAACAUAUGAAAUCACCAGAACUAUUCUACUGGAGACUACUGAACAAGAAAAGAUAACUACUCCAAUAAUUGUGUAUCCGACACAAAAGACAACAUCAGCUCCUCUUGGCUCCAAGGUGACUCUCCCAUGCAAAGUGUUUAUUGGACAGAGCAGCCAUGUCCAUACUGAGGUGGAAUGGCUAGCAAAUGACACCACUGUCAACGUGGUUUACAAGCAGAGCAGAGUGACACAGGGGGAACGACAAGAAAUUGUGGAAAAUGGUGAAAACUUCAUUGAAGUGCCACUGAUUUUUGAUUCUGUUGAAGAAGUGGAUUUUUACACAGACUUCAUGUGUGUGGCCCAGAACAUAUUUGGCUACCAAGUAUUGCCAACAAGGUUUAAGCAGGAAGCUGUUGGCUUAUCCUGGUACAUUGCAACGAUUCCCAUUGCGUUGGCCUGUGUGAUCAUGGGGGCAAUGUUCAUCCACAAGUGCUGGAAACGGAGAGCCAAUAAAGGAUACAUGACAGCAAGAGUCUGAAAUCUGAUUUAUUCUUCACCCACCAUCAGAAAAAAAAAAAAUCAUCCUGGUUGUCUUUCACAUCAGACUCAGAGAGACAUUUCUGACUAAACUCCUUUCCCAGCAGAUUUUCCUCUUCUCCAAGUCUUCUGCCAUCUGAUGAAAGUUAUAAAAUACAAGUUUGCAUUUUUAUGCUGCUUAGAUGCAGGAAACCUGUUUCUGUUAUUUUGGAGCUAUUUGCAAUUUGUGGAAUUUUGGAACACACAAUACUAGGAGUGCGCCCUGAGUGUGGGAAGGAUGGGGAAAGGGAAGUGCUCUCACCCUUUGUAAUUCCAAUAGUCUUAUUGUUUAAAAAAGACAACCAACGAAAACCCUCUAAAACCCUCUAAAAACAGAAGCUAAGAAAGCUUGCAACAGAAGGACUAUUCCACACAGGAGUGAAAAUGCUGUUUUCUAGCCAUUCAAACUCCUUUUAUUUUACUUCAGUCUAAAAUGAGCCACUUUUUCCCUUUUCCAGAGCCAAAUACAGUUGUCAUGGCAACUAUGUAUCUGUGAACUUUACCUCUGAAAAUCUGCAUUUUUUCACCAUUUGGAUUACCCUUUGCUUAAAUGGACUGUCUCAGAAUAUCCCUGCCCAAGUAUAACAGAUAACUGUACACCGGAGAAUUCAGUUUUCUGUUUUAUCUACCAGUCUCUCAUAGCUAGAGAUUCAUAGGCAGCUGUAACAUGUUGUUGUCUCUGCCAAGAAAAGACUUUGGAGGGAUAUUUUAGUAUUUUGAGAGUCACUUGAUUAAUACAUGGUUUUAUUCCUGGAAGUGAUUGAACAGAUUACCAGGAAUAAUGUAGAUAGAGUCUUGCUCUUCUCUGCCUCUAACUCUUUCAUGACUGGCCUGAUUGUUCUCACUGAUAUGAGUAUAAAAGUCUGGUAUAUAUUCCCAUAAACAAUGAGUCUGCACCAGUGAAGCU